UUAGGUUGCAAAGAUGUAAGGUGAUAUAUUUUGGGUAGUGUGUGUAAUUGUCUUUUGAAGUAAAGAGAUUAUUAUUCCUCGUUAAUUCUUUGCAAAAUUAUGUUUGGAUACAGAAAGUAUUACUUUACAAGGAUAAUAAAAAGAUAUAUUCAGUUUUUUCUCCGAAAUUGAACGAGGUCUAAUAUUUUAUUUUGAACUGGUAGCCUGUAGAGCGUGGACUAAUGGUGGAUUAUUAUUUCAAAUCGUAAAGUCAGCCACAUCAGAGUGCAGACUCGUCUCAAUGGCUUUUCGAUAUUUUUAUUUAAGUCCACAACGUUGUGACCACAGAAAAGAGGAUGUUAAGAAGCUUUGCUAGUCAUCACAGUCAUGGAGCUAAAGGUGUGGGUUGAUGGCAUACAGCGAGUGGUAUGUGGGGUCACAGACGCUUCCACUUGCCAGGAUGUCGUGUAUGCUUUGGCUCAUGCUACUGGGCAAACAGGCAGAUUUACACUUAUUGAAAAAUGGAGGAACAGUGAACGCCUUCUGGCACCUAACGAGCAGCCUCUGAAGGUUCUGACCAAGUGGGGGGAAUAUGCAAAUGAUGUACAUUUUGUAAUGAGGCGAUCGAAUGGAGAAUGCAAAGCAGCCCCCGGUGUUAAUAGCCAAACUCAGAACAAUAAGCGGCAGCACGACUUUCUGCGCAGCUUCUCCCCCAGCGGGAAUAAUAAGCAAAAAAAUUCACCAAAUAAUAAAGAAAUUAAAAAAUCAUUAACUUUCAGUUGUGGCCAUGGCAGCAGUGGUAGUGUUAGUAGUGAAAACUCAAUGCCUUCCAUUAUUGGAGAAAGCAAUGCUCAGACUAAAAACGAAAGUUCUACAAAUCGCAACAUCAAAAAUCGCGAUAACCGGUCAAAACAAGACUUGCCAAAAGGUGUAGUUAGGGGUGUUCCGCAGAAACCCAGAGACUGUGAAAGUCCCAGCUUGCAGAAUGCAAAGAUUGAAAGGCCAAAGCAUCCUCCACCUUACGACGAAGCUGUGUCUCGUUCCAGUGGUCGCUUUCCUGCUAGUCAUCUUUCCAUAGCUUCUCCAGUUUCUAACCAUGCGCAAGAUGAAGAAUCUCCUUCCAGUAAAAGACCUCAUCUUGCUAAUCGAAAUGAGCGCUUUUCUCCAGUUGAACGUGGUCAAUCGUCAAAUCAGUCUCAGAUGUACUCUCGUCAACCAAAUACUCAGAAAAAUCACGUCACAACAGACCAAAACAGAGAUCAUUCUGUUGGCACCUCUGAUCACUUGUCUUUACAUAAUGAUCGUGUAAGUUUGUCUCCCAUUCGUGCAAAGUCUCCUAGUAAAUCUCCAGAGAAAUCGGUUUUGCUCAAGCAAAAUAAUAUUUCAGAAGAUCCUUUGAAGUCUAGAAAGUCACUGACUUCAAAGUUUGAAAGUGAUAAGCUAAUAUCAGGUGAAAGUAAGCACCAGUCUGUGUCUCAAAAGAAUAAUUCUCAAAGCGAGGAUUCUUCACGUGACCCUCAGUACCAGGACUUGCUUCGUUUGGUGUCUUUGCAGCGAGAGAAAUUGGAUAAUCAGCAAGCAGAAGUAACACAGUUUGAUGCUGAAAUUCUUUAUUGGGAGGAUCGCCUUCAAGAGCAAGAGGAAAAGCUCAACCUACUGCAAGAAGAAGUUUGUCACCUUGAACGCACUCAUCAUGAACAGGAAGGUGAACUCAUACAGCUAGACCGAAGAUCAUUUAGUGAAGAAGUUGACUUGGGCAGACAGGAGGAACGGACCCUCAGAUCUGAGCUCACGUUGGCCCGCUCUCAGCUGGCAAACUGUGAGACAGAGCUGCUGCAGUGUAGGCAGCGAAUUCGUUUAAUCCUGGAAGAAAUUGCAGAGGAACGAAGAGUACGAUCUUUGCGUGAGGAGCAAGAAAAGAAAGAACAAGAAGAACAGCUUCGUGAGCAGCUUGAUUCAUUAAGGCAGCAAAUUCAAGAUAAAAUGCUUGAGGCAGAUACUCAGAAGACUUCUACUGAAGAGGUCAAAGAAGAAUUGCAGAAUUUAGACGCAACAAUUUCUGACAAACAAAAAGAGAUUAAAAAACUAAUGGAGGAGAUUCGUGAAGCAAAUCUUACAUCGCUUUCUCUCAUACCCUCUGAAGAAAGCAAGUUUGUUACAGAAGGAAACUUCUACAAUAGACCAGGAAGCACUCGCAAAAUAAUUGGCUCUCCUCGGCAAUUGGAGAAUGCCGUGCCUACCAAUAAAAAUCCUCAUGGAGUUUGGGUUUAAAUCCUGUUUACCUGGAGCAAGGAGCAUAAGAAAUGUUGUUGUGAAAUGUUUAAAAUAGAAAAAGAUAUAUUGACAUCAAAAUUAUAAAUAUUUUACGAUGAAAUUAUACUCUUACUAAAUGUUUUAACAUUUUAGAUAUUUUAUCAAGUGUUUCAUAUUGUAUUACUGUUUAAUGGUUAAUUAUAAAAACUGUCAGAUAUGAAACUGUCUGAAAUUUAAAAAAAAAAAUACAAAAUAAUAUUGCAUUUUAGAGAAUGAAAAAAAUAUCAUAUUUUAGAGAAUGAAUUUUGAUUUACUUUUAAAUUUUCACAUGAGUUUGUCAUCAGUUGAGCUAAGAAGUGUAAAAUUUUUAUCCAAGUGUAAUUCAGAAUCAGUUUUAGAUUGAAAUUUGAGCUCCAUUUAUGUAUUGUAAAUAUUUCAAAAUGUAUUUGAAAGAUUUGCAAAAAGCAAUGUGCCAUUGCUUAGUUUAUAAGUAUAUGUAUUAUAAAUCUGUUAGUCCUAAAUAUUUUAUUUUCUUUGUAUACUUAUAUUUUUUGCGUGAAAAAUUUGUUUCAGUUUUUAAUGUGUUGAAACUUGACUUCAUUCUAUAGCAGGUCAUGUUCAUAUGCAUUUUGAAUAAGAUUUUUAUAGAUUUACAUUUAUGUAUAGUAUAUUUGUAUUUUAAAUGUGUUUUUGAAUCUGUUAUUGAAAAUUUUAUCUUCAAGAGUGGGAUAAAGAGACAAAUUGGAAUUUGUGUAAUAUUCCUUUCAAAGUGUUUUAGUAUCUAAUUUCAUUUUUUUCUGCUUCAAUAUAGCAUCAAUUCAACAAAACUUUAAAUUCAAAUAUUUAAUUAGGUGAGCUAUCACUCUUAAUACAUACCUGCCAACUCUACUGGUUUUUCCGGGAGAUUCCUAACUUUUGAUCAUUUCUCUUGAUUGUGUAUAAGAUGUAAGGAACAUUUGGUUAUAAGAAGGAUAAUAAAAAGUUACUUUAUUUCCUAUCCAACAUUGAAAAAUCUGUCGUAACCAUCUACUGGAUUUUCUAAUGAUCUACUGGAUUUUUUCCCAGUAGAUGUUGGCAGGUAUGUUAAUAUUAAACAUAAGUUUUUUUUUAAUAUUUUUCAUCACACAUUAAAGUACUUAAUUUCAAAAAUUUUCAUAAAAAGUUUGUGUUUUAGUGUUAUUUGUAAACCUUUUGUUUGUAAUAUUUGUGAAAAGUCGAUAAACUUAAUUCUGUGCUUUAAUAAUAAAAAAAAUCUACAC